AUGGCCGCCGGAGACUUUUCGUCACUUGACGCAGACGUACGGAUACGGAUACCUGUAAUUCCAGUCUCCAGCUUGAAGUCGUUGUCAGUGAGACGGAUCUCGAACGCGUCGGUCGAUGAGAAUCUCCAUACCUCUUCCCCCACCGCUACUUUAAGAGACAUCAGCAUCAGACCAUAUCUUGUAAACCAAGAACUGUCCCCUCUCUCGUCACUUUUUCGACCGCCGCAGCAUCCGUGGAGCAUACUGGUACGCCGCGCACUUUGUCUCCUACGACGCCGCGGAGCGGAUCUCAGGGACCGAACCUUCCACCUUGCUCCCCACUCGUUCUCAUCCGCACAGGUGUCCAAGCUUUUUUAUCGCCGCCUCAGUCGACAUAUCAGAUCUAAUUGUCUUGAACCUGCAGUUGGGCGGGCGGGCGGGCGCACUCAAAUAUGCAGCACAUGCAGGCCUCGCAUGGCAUGGCAUCGCGUUGCAUCGCAUCAACCAUCAACGCUAAUAAAGGGACCCAAGCCAAUGCCCAUGUGGCCUCUCCAACAUGAAGCCAGUGAGGCCGCACUCAUCUCGCAUCGCACGCCCGACUGGCUAGUCGCCGUCAUAGAUUAG